CCUUCUGUCUGCAACGUGUCGAACCUCGUCUCGUCGCAACAGAGCCGAGAGAGUCAGUCGAUUUUCGUGGUGUCGCUGGGAUCGUUUACAAACACGUUUCGCGGACGUCCGAUAGAGAGAGACGGUGAUACACAGAGAGCCAGUGGCAGCGAGCCGGGGCAGGGGGCAUCGCUGAUAAACGCUCGGCGAACGUUACAGAAAAUCGACCAAGGCUGCCGUGCUCGUUAAUGGCUGCCAGGGUCAUCAGCUAGAGGCCGUAUAGCGAAGUUUGGAGCUGCCAGUGCGAUAACACAGCCCGUAACCGAUGAGUGUUAGAUCGGCGGCCGGCCACAUGGUGAAGCAGAGGAGGUUCAUCGGGAACACCAACAACAAGAUGAUCAACAUACGAGAGUAUUUGUAGGCGAUUUUUAAGCAGUUCAAACGGGAGGAUCGCAACCUGACAGCUUGAAUAGGAACCAAGUGUGUGAACUAGACGCGCGACCGAUCUGCAUGUCGGUGACAAAAGAUCUCGACCUACGGGGACUCCAGACGAAGACGACGACGACAACUGGUCAUAUUUUUUCGACAGUCGACGUAUCGGAAGAUCGUGUGUUCCAGCCACGGUGAAUGGUAAAAUCAACGAUCUUCGGAUAGAUACCUGACGGAGGACGAUCGAGCGGCCGUGUUGGUACACGCGUCCGCCUAGCUAUGGUCUGCCCGCGACCUGGUUUCCUGUUUUACGUAACACGCCACAGAUGUUUUGUUUUCUCGCACAGAUUCAAUUUAUCGAGAGUUCGUACGAGGACCGAGCGUAGACAGCCUUCCCCGGAAGUGUAUUAAAGAGACAGUGCACGAGACAAGGCUGCUCCCGGUCCGUGGGGGAUUAUGAAUCGUGGCACGCGCUACGAUUAAUUGGAAUUGACGCAAAGAUCUCCCGAUCGUGUAACACGCAUCAGCGAGUGCUGUAUCGCGUUGGACAGGUUCUUUUUUUCUUUUAGGUUUCCAGCGUUUUUAGUAUUCGCAAAAGAGACAAGGGGACAAGCCAAAGUAAACCAGUGAUAUCUUUAACGCAGUAUUUUUUCUUCCAUAAUCGAGGAGAAUAGAAAGUGAAAAAGUGAGGGAGGCGAGUUUGACGAGUCGUAGAGUGCCUCAGAGAUACUAAAGGAUAUAGAGGAGGAAAUUUCAGUGAAACGAAGUUAUUGAUACUACAAAGAGAAUUUAUCAUUUGUUCCUACGACUCGGGUGCCGUCAGCGGCAGAUUUUCUUCAAAAUGAGUUGUUAAUUAAGAAUGCGCGAUGACACGGCGAAUUUAUCAGUGGACCGGAAACCCGGGCGAGAAGGCCCAGGGUAUGGAAAUGGAACCCCGCAAAACAAACUCUCACCACCAGGAAAAAAUAUUCUUGAAGUACACGCUCCAAGACGCGGAGAAGGAUAAAGAGGAAACUGAGUAUAUGCUACAAGAGAAUGGCAAACCAAUUGAGUUCGUACCACCGCAAAAGAAGGAGGACGACAAACCGGUCGCGCCGGAACCAACGUUGCCACCAGUGCCUUACUUCAAACUUUUUCGAUUUGCAACAUGCGGGGAGCUGAUGCUGAUCUUCGGCGGCCUGAUUAUGGGAACGCUGACAGGCCUCUGCAUACCGAUAUCGACGAUCCAGUACGGUGAAUUCACCACGUUGCUGGUGGAUCGCAACAUGAAGAAUCAGACGAGUACACCGACCCUCAUUAUGAAGUGGUUCGGAGGAGGAAAGGUCUUGGGACCAAAUUCUACGUACGAGGAGCGAAUGAUCGCGCUUUACGACGAUUCGGUAGCCUUCGGAGUGUCUUCCGCGGCAUUAUCCACGAUACAGUUCUUUUUCGCUAUAUUUACCGUGGACUUCCUGAACAUGGCGGCUUCCAGCCAAAUCGCCAGGGUCCGAAAGAUGUUCCUGCGUUCGGUUCUCAGACAGGACAUGACGUGGUACGACAUCAACACGUCGACCAACUUCGCCAGCAGGAUCACCGAGGACCUGGACAAGAUGAAGGACGGUAUCGGCGAGAAGCUCGGCGUGUUCACGUACCUGCUGGUCUCCUUCGUAUCUUCCAUCAUAAUAUCCUUCAUUUACGGAUGGAAGUUGACGCUUGUGGUGCUCAGCUGCGCCCCGAUUAUCGUGAUCGCGACCGCCGUGGUGGCGAAGGUGCAGAGUUCCUUGACCGCGCAGGAAUUGAACGCGUACGGCAAGGCCGGAACCGUCGCGGAGGAGGUGCUGGGCGCCAUUAGGACCGUGGUCGCCUUCAACGGCGAGCAGAAGGAGGUCGACAGAUACGCGGAAAAGCUGGUACCCGCGGAGAGGACCGGCACAAGACGUGGAAUGUGGUCCGGCGUGGGAAGUGGCGUCAUGUGGUUCAUCAUAUACAUCAGCUACGCUGUUGCCUUCUGGUACGGUGUCCAGCUGAUCCUGGAGGAUAGACCGAAAGAGGAGAAGGAGUACACGCCCGCGGUACUAGUAAUCGUGUUCUUCGGUGUGCUGGCUGGUGCUCAGAACAUGGGUCUGACAUCGCCGCAUCUCGAGGCGUUCGCGGUCGCGAGGGGUUCGGCCGCGGCCAUUUUUCAGGUGCUCGAUCGCCGGCCGGAUAUCGACAGCCUCAGUAAAGAGGGCCAGAGGCUGCCAUCCGUCAACGGCGAGAUCGAGUUCAUUAACGUGCACUUCCAGUAUCCCGCUAGAAAGGACGUCAAGGUGCUGCAAGGCUUGAAUCUCAAGAUCAAUCACGGGGAAACGGUGGCGCUGGUCGGCGGAUCCGGCUGCGGAAAAUCCACCUGUCUGCAGCUCAUACAGCGUCUCUAUGAUCCCAUUAAAGGACACGUCCUCCUGGACGGCGUGGACAUAUCGAAGCUGAACGUUCAGUGGCUCCGUUCAUACAUAGGCGUGGUCGGGCAGGAGCCAGUGCUCUUUGACACAACGAUACGGGAGAAUAUCCGGUACGGAAAUGACAGCGUUACCGAGGAGGAGAUGAUCAAAGCCGCGAAGGAAGCGAACGCUCACGACUUCAUCAGCAAACUGCCCGAGGGUUAUGACAGCCCCGUAGGUGAAAGAGGAUCGCAGCUUUCCGGUGGUCAGAAACAGAGAAUUGCCAUCGCGCGAGCCCUGGUUAGAAGGCCUGCCAUACUUCUCCUGGACGAAGCCACCUCUGCUUUGGACCUUCACAGCGAGGCGACAGUGCAAAGAGCACUGGACGCCGCGUCAAAGGGCAGAACGACCAUUGUCGUCACCCACCGACUGUCCACGAUCACAAACGCCGACAGAAUAGUAUUUAUUAAAGAGGGACAAGUAGUCGAGCAGGGCACGCACGAGGAGCUGUUGGCUCUUGGGAAACACUACUAUGGUUUGGUUUCUGCAGAUGCCAGCGCCACCGCGAGAGCGAAAGCAACAGCGUCAGCGGCAAAGACGGUCACGGCAGCCAUACCAAAGCAGAAGCCGCAGCUCAAGCGACAAUUCUCAACUCUGUCGAUGCACUCUCAUCGUCUGUCCCUGGCUGGCGCGUCGGAGACUUCCGAGAAUCAAUUGGAGGAACACGAGAAGCCGUACGACGCACCGAUGAUGAGGAUAUUCGGGCUCAACAAACCGGAAUGGCCUUUCAAUAUAGUCGGGUGUCUAGCUGCAGCAAUGGUCGGCGCUUCGUUCCCAGCGUUCGCUGUUCUCUUCGGCGAGGUCUACUACGUACUCGGUCUGGAGGACGAAGACGAGGUGCGUCGCGAGACGGUCAACUUCUCGAUCAUGUUCCUGAUUGUCGGGAUAGUCACCGGUGUGGGCAGUUUCCUCCAAAUGUACAUGUUCGGUUUGGCCGGUGUGCGUAUGACCACGAGGAUCAGGAGGAUGGCAUUCGCAGCGAUGCUGAGGCAAGAAAUGGGCUGGUACGACGAGGACACGCACAGCGUGGGUGCAUUGUGCGCUAGGUUGUCCUCGGACGCCGGUGCUGUCCAGGGUGCUACGGGGACGCGUGUCGGUGCUAUUCUUCAGGCGUUAUCGACACUGGUCCUGGGUAUCGGGCUGUCCAUGUAUUACACCUGGAAGAUGACGUUGGUCUCCGUGGUCUCGAUACCGUUGGUGCUGGGUGCAGUGUUCUUCGAGGCCAGAGUGAUGAGCGGGCAGGGCUUGCAAGAGAAGAAGAAGAUGGAGGCGGCCACGAGGAUCGCCAUCGAGGCUAUCUCCAAUAUAAGAACGGUGGCCAGCCUUGGGAAAGAGGAAGCCUUUUUCGCGCGUUAUUGCGUCGAGCUGGACCAUGUCGCCAAGGCGACCAGGAUCAGAAACAGACUCAGAGGAUUGGUGUUCUCUUGCGGUCAGACCACACCGUUCUUUGGAUACGCGUUGAGUCUCUAUUACGGCGGGUCCCUGGUAGCCACCGAAGGCUUGAGCUACCAGGAUGUGAUCAAAGUGUCCGAGGCGUUGAUCUUCGGCUCGUGGAUGUUGGGACAGGCGCUAGCGUUCGCGCCCAACUUCAAUACUGCCAAGAUCUCUGCUGGAAGAAUAUUCCAGCUUCUGGACAGGGUUCCGGAGAUCACCUCGCCACCGGGCUCGGAAGAUAAAGAUCUGGAUUGGAAAGCGGAAGGUCUGAUUCAAUUCUCGAAAGCGGAGUUCCAUUAUCCGACUCGAGCGGAGAUGCCGAUUCUACAGGGUUUGAAUCUAAUCGUGAAACCGGGUCAGAUGGUCGCGCUGGUCGGUCAAAGUGGAUGCGGCAAGUCCACCUGCAUCCAGCUGUUGCAACGAUUGUACGACCCGAUUUCUGGCACGGUGACGUUGGACCGCCGUGACAUCUCAUCGGUCUCGUUGCGAAACCUUCGAAGCCAGCUCGGGGUGGUCGGCCAGGAACCGGUACUCUUCGACAGAACGAUCGCGGAGAACAUCGCGUACGGCGACAACUACCGGAAGGUGUCGAUGGAUGAGAUCAUCGAGGCCGCAAAGAAGUCGAACAUCCACAGCUUCGUCAGCUCUCUACCACUAGGGUACGAUACUAGGUUAGGGUCUAAAGGAACGCAGCUCUCCGGUGGACAGAAGCAGCGUAUAGCGAUAGCGCGUGCUCUGGUCAGGAAUCCUCGAGUCCUGCUCCUGGACGAAGCCACUUCCGCGCUUGACACUCAAAGCGAGAAGGUCGUGCAAGCGGCCCUGGACAAAGCCAUGGAGGGGCGAACGUGCAUCACCAUAGCGCACCGUCUGGCCACAAUAAGGAACGCGGACGUGAUCUGCGUGCUGGAGAAGGGAACCGUCGCGGAGAUGGGUACUCACGACGAUCUAAUAGCGGCGGACGGCCUCUACGCUCAUCUGCACGCCCUCCAAGAAGCCGCGAUGGAGUAAAAUGGCGGGGUAAAACGCGUCCCCUUAGACGUUUCUCGAACGGCGGACACCGGGGGUCCCGUCGAGGGCGCGCGGCCGCUGGUGCUCCGUGAACGAAGAAUAUAAUCGCGUGAGACCAAACGAACACCGGGCAAACUGGCCCCGUAACCUCGACGAACAUCGAGAGCGAUAGUAUCGAAUCUAGAAAAAUCGGGUCGCGGAUAUUUUCGCGGGCAAAUUCUCUGGGGCAAAACAAGUGGAAACUGUCACAUUUUUCUACAUAUUGUGAGCUUGCCUGAUUCUAGAGGGGUUCCAAUAAUAGCUGACACAGGGCAGGAUACGACAGGACGAUCUUCUUGGGUUGGAAACUCAUAGACGUAUCUAGAUUUCAAUGUCUCCCGUAGUCGGACCGUGUCAAAAAUUAGGCAGAGAUAGCUACUAUACGGUGACUAAUUCGUCUUUGCGACACGUGGUACGUCGAAGAAAUUUUCUUUGUCGGAAAAACUGAGAAGUAGGGGGAAUGAAAAGGAAUCAAUGUUGGACGAAGGUAAAUGUGACCUAAGUGGUGAUGUGAGUGCAAAGCAUGAUGUAAGGAUAUAAGGUGUGCGCUUGCAAGUAAGAAAUUCCGAAUUCAUUUUUCUAAGCGGCUAUAUUUUUAUAUGGCGGAAAAUUGAAU